AUGGCAGACAAUAUCCCCUCCGCCGCCGAAGGCGAAGAAAACCGCCUACCCGCCAACGCCGAAGACCGCAAAGCCGCCGCCGCCCUCAACUCGCUGAACGACAAUGAAAUAUCACAAGAUGGCAGCGACAAGCUCUCGUCUGCAGCCGCACAAGAAGCCUUAGGGAAGGCUAUGAGUCGGCUGGAGAUUGCGUCCGGCGGCGCAGUUGGGAAGGCCGGGGGUGCUAACAAGGCAGCUGCGGGUGCGGCAGAGACGGCUGUGAAGAAGAAAGCGGUUAAGAUCGUGGCGGAGGAUGUUACGUUACUCGUUGAAGAACUCGAUCUGACGAAGAAUAAGGCCACCGAAUUACUGAGGUCGCAUGACGGAGAUGCCAAAGAGGCUAUUCGAGCUUUUAUUACACCAUCGAUCGUCGUUUGA